GCACCAAUUAUUUAAAAUUCAAACUGUAACGGUCCUCAACGGAUACGAUUCAGGCUAUACCCUAACUACAGGGCGGGACUGUCAGGAUGCUCCUAUCCCUCCCUCUUCUUCUGACAGAGCUCUGACCAGACAGUUGUUGCAACAUGUCGGUGGAGAUGUGCGCUAAACUCCUCUCUCGUUUAACUACAGUACGAGCCUGUCUUCUGCAGGGUAAUGUCGGCUGCUCGUAUUUAAGAAGAAGGCCUUUCACGUCUGAUAUAAAAGGUAGGCAGAAGGUCAGACCACUAGAUGGCGUCAAAGUCUUAGAUUUGACCAGAGUACUGGCUGGUCCUUUUGCAACAAUGAUCCUGGGAGAUUUGGGGGCUGAGGUGAUCAAAGUGGAGCGUCCAGGGCCUGGAGAUGACACAAGAGCAUGGGGACCUCCAUUCGUGGGUGAAGAGAGCGCUUAUUUUCUCAGUGUGAACAGGAAUAAAAAGAGCAUUGCUGUAAAUCUUAAAGAUCCAGAAGGGGCCAAACUUGUAACAGAGCUUGCUACACGGUGUGAUAUUCUGGUGGAGAACUAUCUUCCUGGGAAGCUGGAUGAAAUGGGAUUGGGGUAUAAGCAGCUGAGUCAAGUGGCCCCUCAAAUUAUCUACUGUUCAAUCUCAGGGUACGGUCAGACAGGACCCCAUUCACACAAGCCUGGAUAUGACUCUAUUGCUUCGGCUGCAUCUGGAAUGAUGCACAUCACAGGCCCUGAGGAUGGGGAUCCAGUAAGACCUGGAGUUGCCAUGACAGAUCUUGCUACUGGCCUUUAUGCUCAAGGAGCUUUGAUGGCUGGCCUGCUGCAGAGACAGAAGACAGGACAAGGCCUUCACAUUGACUGCAAUCUGCUCUCCUCGCAGGUGGCUUGCCUUACUCACAUUGCUUCAAAUUACCUCAAUGCUGGAAAAGAAGCCAGAAGAUGGGGAACUGCCCAUGAGAGCAUAGUUCCUUAUCAGGGCUUCAGAACAAAAGAUGGAUACCUGAUUGUGGGUUCUGGAAAUAACCAACAGUUUUUCAGUGUAUGCAAAGUCCUGAAUCUGAAUAACCUGGCAGAAAAUCCAAAGUACAAAACCAACAAUUUGCGAGUGCAGCACCGCAAAGAACUGUUAAAACUCCUGUCUGACAGGUUUCUGGAGGAGUCCACAGACGAGUGGCUCAGGCGGUUUGAAGGCACUGGAGUCCCCUGCGGCCCUAUCAACACCAUCCAGCAGGUGUUCUCUGACCCACAGGUUGCUCAUAAUGGUUUAAUUCUGGAGAUGGACCACCCAACAUCAGGAAGGAUUGCAGUGGCAGGUCCUGCUGUCCGGUUCAGCAGUUUUCAGUUUGGCAAACCAACCUCGCCCCCUGUGAUCGGUCAACAUACGGUUGAAGUUUUGAGAGACACACUGGGGUAUAGUGAAGAUGUCAUCAACGCCCUUCUGGCUUCACGGACUGUCAUUCAGAAUACUGUGCAUUAAUGUAGCUGAGCAAGACCUGACUUUUGGAAUUCACUCCAGAAAACAAAUGAACAAGGACCUGCCUCAAAACAAAUAAACACUCCCCACCCUUUUACAAUACACUUACAUGACACUGUGGAGGGAAAUCCUGUGCUACCUCCCACAUUCAGUGGUUAUGUUUUUGUAAUUAAUCUGUUAGAUAUACAUCUGAGACCGAGCCGAAAAUGUAAGAAUAACGACAUAAUGACGCAUGCAGUUCAGACUCAGAGGUCUUGGACUUCCAGUUGGAGCACAGUCUGGAUUUCUGACCCUCAGUCACAUCACUUUAGACAUUUCUCACUAUUUGAUUGAUCAAUAACGUACACUGACUCACCCCCAGAUAAAGUUUCACAUCUUUCAAGCCCUUCAGUCCAGUAAUGGGAAUAAGGAAAAUCCAUUUCUAAGCUCUUCAGACAGCCCCUUAAACUUUCAAGUUCAGUUUCCAUCACUGUCUUUGCCAAAUUCACAUCUUUUAUUGGAUGCAGAAACUAGAGGGGAAAUACCCUACAGCACACUCGCAGUAGAAGACCAUCACUGGACGCAGCAGGGUUUUUUUUGUUUGUUUCCUUCAUAUGCUUUCAGUUAUCAUCAAAGGUAUUAUGUAUCCUACUUAAUCCACAGUCAGUUGAGCAGAAAACAUUCUUAUAUUCUUAUAUUAAUAUUACAGUAUUGCCAGUGGCCCAAAAACUGUUAAAAUAAGUUUUAUAUUGUUUACCAAUUUUCUUGUUUAAAAAAAAAAUAUGGACAGCACAGCUCUAGGGCCUCUGCUGGCCGGUGGCGUUAUGAUGUGUAGCUCCACCCAUCCCAGUGUGUUUCAAUGGCAAAACAGCCCUUCCAAUUUUCAAUCUAUUUUUUCUCCUUCUCUUCUCAUCUCCAGUGUGACCCCAGCAAUAAAAAAUAAACAUUUGAAAAGUUUAAAAAUGAUUUGUAUAAUAUCCUCAUUUACAUGGUAUCAUUAAUUGAAAUAAGAGGAAAAUGUCGCUUUAACAACGGUGUCAUGAACACAAUGCAAAUAGCUUGGAGUGUUGUGGGAGUUUGGUAAAAUGUUCCAAAUUUAAAACAUCCACCCAAAUAUCCAUAAGACUGCUCAUACCAUUUCUUGCAGGUGCAAUCCAAAACCAGAACAUCCUUACCUAGAUUAAUUGUUUGGACAUGUUGGGUGCUUGUAUAGCAUGUUGGGUUAGUUGCUGUUAGGUUAACAUUUUACCUAAAAGCCUAACAAGCACCUGAAGUGUCCACUUUACUUGAGCAUCACAACAGUUUCCCUCCCAAAAUUGUAAGUGCACUGGUAUGGGUGUUUGGGUAGAUGAUAAUGGAUGAUUAGCUCAUUGAACCAUACAUGCAGGUCCACUUUUUUUGAAGGUAGUUAAUUCAAGUUAUGUUUUUCACCACCAAACUCCAUAGCUAAUAGCCUGUUGCAAUGUUGGGUUAGCAUAGCUAGUUACUUUUUGAUAAGUGUCCACAGGAGUAGCUACUUCAGACUUCAUUUGCUUUGAAUAUAAUAGGAUUGUAAACAAACCGUUACAUUCAAAAUGACAGAAAUAAGGUGCAGUUACACUUCAGAAUUAAUUGAUUUGUAGACCUGUGAGCUCAAUUGAGAAAACUGAGACAUGCUUGUCUGGGAGAAGUUGUUGGGUCUAAAUAGAGGGUUGGAAAGUCUGGCUCUGGUCACUACAAAAUGUUGCAAAUUUGACAACAUGGCAGAUGAGCACCACUGUGUACAUAUUUUCUACAGUCAUUCUUUAAUUUAACUGUUAUAUCACUUUAUCUGAUGUUGUAGCUUGAUGUGUUAUGUGAGAUUGUUGAAAGACUAAGAUUCAAUGACACCAGCCUUACUAAAAAACUUGAAUUUAUCAUAAUUGCUGAACCAGAAGAGAAAGCACUUAAUCAACUUAAUCACUACCAGGGAGAAACACCUAUGUAAGAAAUGUCAAUGAAAUAAAAUGACACUUGACUUUA